GUGCCCCAUAAUUGAAUUAUUUACUUAACAUCUAAGGUUAGAAUUAGCAAACUUUGCUGCUGUGAACGACUAAACAUCUACCUACCAAAUUCUACUGUAUAGCAGCAAGCCAUCUCCAAGCGUCUUUCAUCGAAGAAAGGUGAAAACACGCACCCGUAUACCAUCCCACGCGGCGCGGCACGCGGCGGGCGAAGGGUCGGGCUGGGCGAGCUCCAGGAAACUCAGUCCUGGGCGGGUUGGCAAGCAGGCGGCCACGUCCUGGUCGUCUCCACCCAUCGCUCAGCCUGCCAGCAACAAGUGCGCGUUUGUAAGGUUAAUUCUGUGGUGCGAGCGCCCUUGUUUAGCUCCCUCUUAUCAAACCUAUGAUGAAAAUAUCUUGUGCUCUGUUCUGUAACAAAUCAAGGAGAGCCAGCCGCUGAGCAUAAGUGAUGAGUUCCGUCUCUCUGUAAUAUUUCGUGAAACAAGAUUGUUGUUGUGACCGCAUUCAACUCAGGGACCAUCGGCUAACAUACUCUCCUCACAUCUUCCUGUCUGACGCGUGUGAAUCGGCCUGAUGUGAUGGCGGGGUCAGGCGUUGCACUCCCCAUCCCCACCACCAUCUUCGGUCCAUCUCGCCAAACGCCGUUGUCAGUCCCACAGACAGUCCUCCCCGCGGACUCCGCAUCCUCCUCCAUCACCACUUCUACUACUUCAAGAACAACCAUCACCAACACCACCACCACCACUACCACCACCACUACCACCACCAUAUUUCCUGACAAAAGGAUGGCUGCACAGGACACCUUUCAAAAUGAUUACUAUGAAGGUCGAUCAUCUUCAUCACGCUCACGCCCGCAACCUGACCACGCCUUCCCGGAAGUGAUCGUAUCAGCGGGAGUCCCCUCUUACCACGAUCCACGAGAGACCUACACGUAUCGCGCUCACUCCCGCGACCUGGAAAACCGUGAGAAUGACCAUAACUUCCAUCGCGUGCCCUCCCCGCCCACCAUCACCGUGGGCUCCGUGACGGUGCGGGUGGAAGAGAUCUGCUUAGUGCUUGUGGUGCUGAUGCUGUGGGCCGGCGCCAUCACGCUCUUCAUCAACAGGUGGGGAAAACUACGCAUGUUAGAGCCGUACCAGCCAGCCUACACGGCGCCUGUGGUUCCGCCCCGCCCCCCUCCCCCACCCAUGGGUCCCUCCAUCAACAUACAGAGCACGUCAGACUUGACCGUGACGGAGGGUGGCGCAUUUGGAAGUAGGUAUGACCUGGCAGGUCCCGAACAUUAUGGUCGAGGUUCUCUGGCCAGUGGGUACCUGGGAAUAGAUCGAUCACCUUCCUGCCUAAGCGUGAAGACCCUCAACCCACAGCGGAAGGUAAAGAGCGCCGUCGACCUCGUUUCAUUGGUCAUGCAGGAAAAGAUGUCCUCUAACUUGCCCUUCACGGCCACUAAUGUAUAAACACAUGUGAACAGCAGCUGGCAGCCUUCAUGCCUCCACGGAGCUGCCUCCUACACGCACGUUGUCUCGCAGAAUUGUACCGACGCACUGAGAGAUGCUGCAUUACAUUACAACGAGCAAGGGAGAGAGAGAAAAAGUCAAUCAACCUGAACCCUGCGAAAACCUACUACUCAUUCAAUCACUCUGCAGGACGAAGCUACUGGCAACAAGCAACAGAAGCGGAUGCAGGAAGCAGUACUUCAGCGAAGGAUCUUAAUGCGAAGCAAUGAAUUGCCAGUUAAGGUGGAGAAAUGUACUGAUGGGAAAAGAGACAGCCUUAGGACACAUUGCCUCUAAGAGGAUGAGAUAUGAUGCACACAGUUAAGUGAAACAGUCAGUCAAGUUAAGAAUGAAGGAAGGACCGAGGCAAACCUUCUUCAACAUCUAAGUCACGAAAAUUUAAAUAAACGAUUAAAAUUUAUUAAUAAAAAGAAUUAUAAGUACCAAUAGAAUAAUAAUAAUAAUAAUAAUAAUAAUAAUAAUAAUGAUAAUAAUAAUAAUAAUAAUAAUAAUGAUAAUGAUGAUGAUAAUGAUGAUGAUAACAAUAAUAAUAAUUUCUCAGAAUUUGAAGAUCAUUUCAGGAGAUUAGAUUUUAGAGAAAGAAUAACACUAGAACAGGUUUGGAUAUAAGGAACUUACCCACUCAAGCCUGAAAAUGGGGCGUCACGAUCCCACAUAUCAAUUAACCGAUGAUGAAGGAUAACCAAAUGACAGAAAAGAAUUUAUAGACGAAAAAAAUAAAAA